ACACAUUAAUUAAACAUAUUUUCCUUUAUUCAAGAUUUAACUUUCUAGUAUACCCCUUGUUAGAUCAAGAUUUAUAUGGAUCCUAAUUUUGGUGUCCCAAUAAAAGAAGAGUUUCCUAGAUCUAAUGAGCCUAGUAUGUGGAUUCCUCAACCAAUGGAGGGGCUUCAUGAGAAUGGACCUCCACCAUUUCUAACAAAGACUUAUGAGUUUGUGGAUGAUCAAAACACCAAUAAUGUUGUUUCUUGGAGUAUAGGUAAUAAUAGUUUCAUUGUUUGGGAUCCUCAAACUUUUGCCAUGAAUCUUCUUCCAAGGUACUUCAAGCAUAGCAAUUUCUCAAGCUUUGUCAGGCAGCUCAAUACUUAUGGAUUUAGGAAGGUUAAUCCAGACCAAUGGGAGUUUGCUCAUGAAGGUUUCUUGAGGGGGCAAAGGCAUCUCUUGAAAACAAUUAGAAGGAGAAAAACAAGUAAUUUCCAUCCUGGACAAGGUUCAAAUCAAGGUAUAGACUCUUAUAUUGAAUUGGGAAAGCUUGAGAUAGAUGGAGAAAUUGAUCGAUUAAGGCGUGAGAAGAAAGAUUUGAUGAUGGAAUUGGUAGAGCUUAAACAACAUCAACAAACUACAAAAUCACACAUCAAAUCAAUGGAAGAAAAGCUUAAGAGGACAGAAGCAAAGCAACAACAAAUGAUGAAUUUCUUGGCUAAAGCAAUGCAAAAUCCAAGGUUUUUGGAGCAAAUGAUGCAACAAAAGGAAAGAAGGAAGGAACUUGAAGAAGAAAUUAGGAAUAAGAGAAGGAGGCAAAUUGAUCAUCAUCAAGGUCCUAGUAAUAUUGUUGGAGAAUUAGACCAUAGUGUUAAUAAUAGUGAUGAAAAUUUCAAUAUAAAGAUGGAACCUCAUGAAUAUUAUUAUGGUGAAAUGAAUGGAUUUGAUGAUCUUGAAUUGGAGACAUCACUUGGUAUGAGCAUGCAAGGAGGACCAAGUGAGAACACAAUCAAUUUUGAAGAAGACUAUAAUAUUGAGAAUAAAUCUAUUGAUCAUGAAGGAUUUUGGGAGGGUUUGUUGAAUGAAAAUAUUGAAGAUGAGAUCAAUUUACUUGAAGGAGAAAAUGAGGAAGAUCAUGUGGAUGUUUUGGCUUAUCAGCUUGGAUUUUUGGGUUCUACACCAAAGUAA